AUGAAGAAACUUGCAACAUCACUUCUGGCGGCGGCAGCGGCCGUGGCCAUCACCGGCGCGGCGCAGGCUGCCGACGCCAAGGCGUGCUUCAUCUAUGUCGGGCCGAUCGGCGACUAUGGCUGGUCCUAUCAGCACCACCAGGGUCUGCUCGACGUGGAAAAGGCGUUCGGCGACCGGGUCGAGACCGCCUAUCUCGAAAGCGUGGCGGAAGGCGCCGACGCCGAACGCGCGAUCGAGCGUUUCGCACGGUCGGGCUGCGACAUCAUCUUCACGACGUCGUUCGGCUAUAUGGACGCGACCAACAAGGUGGCGGCCAGGUUCCCGGACGUGAAGUUCGAACACGCGACCGGCUACAAACGCGAGUCGCCGAACGUUGCGACCUACAAUUCGAAGUUCUAUCAGGGCCGCUACGUGCAGGGCCAGAUCGCGGCCAGCGUGUCGGAGACCGGCGUCGCCGGCUACAUCGCCUCGUUCCCGAUCCCCGAAGUGGUGCGCGGCAUCAACUCGUUCAUCCUGGGCGCGCAGUCGGUCAAUCCGGACUUUUCGCUGAAGGUGGUCUGGGUGAACACCUGGUUCGAUCCCGGCAAGGAAGCCGACGCCGCCAAGGCGCUGAUCGACCAGGGCGUCGACAUUCUCACCCAGCACACCGAUUCCACCGCGCCCAUGCAGGUGGCCGAGGAGCGCGGCAUCAAGGCGUUCGGCCAGGCGUCCGACAUGUACGCCUUCGGCGAGCAGACCCAGCUCACCUCGAUCAUCGACGAUUGGGGCCCGUAUUAUGUCGAGCGCGUGCAGGCGGUGCUGGACGGCACCUGGGAGAGCCACGAUGUGUGGGACGGCAUGGCCGAGGGCCAUGUGGCGAUGGCGCCCUACUGGAACAUGCCCUAUGAGGUCGCCGCCAUGGCCAAGAAGACCGCAACGGCGAUCACGGUCGGCGUGCUCGAGCCGUUCACCGGUCCGAUCACCAAGCAGGACGGCACCGAAUGGCUGGCCGAGGGCGAGACGGCCGACAUCGGCGCGCUUCUGGGCAUGAAUUUCUACGUUCAGGGCGUCGACGACCAGCUGCCCGAAUAA